AUGGAUGUCACUGUCACCAGCUGCCUUUGUCCCAGAGGAUACAGCGGUAGCUACUGUGAGAUGGACGUUGAUCACUGUAUUGGCCAUCUCUGCUCUGAGCACGGCGUAUGUCUAGACCAACAACACAACUAUACCUGUCGCUGUGAGCUCGGGUUCCAGGGGAGGUACUGUGAGCGGGAGACGGACAAGUGUAAGAGUUCCCCGUGUGCCAGUGGUGCCACCUGUGAGGAUGUCAUCGGAGGCUAUCAAUGCCACUGCCCCCCGGGGUUUGAAGGUAGGCCUACAGUAUGUUAAACUGGUGAUAACAUUCAUCUCUUGUUUUAUGUAUUGUUCUCUAUAGAAAACAGUUGAUUUCAGGUCAACUCACCAACUAACCUACUAAAUAAUAAAGAAACGAGCGGCAGGGUUUUUCCUUAGUUCAUUGUUGUCAAUAUGUGUCGUCCUUUAUCGUGGUGCUUUCAUUGAUUUGAAACCGUUAAAGGAAUACCUCAACCAAAUUACAAAUGAACACAUUUGUUCCCUUAACUUGGAAAAACAAUGUUGAUAACCAAAAAGAGAACAUGGCAUAGCAGCAUCUCUUGAAAAUAUCCCAAAUGUACAGAUGAAAAUAUAAACGCAACAUGUAAAGUGUUGGUCCCAUGUUUCAUGAGCUAAAAUGAAAGAUCCCUCAAAUGCUGUGCACAAAUUUGUUUACAUCCCUGUUAGUGAGCAUUUCUCCUUUGCCAAGAUAAUCCAUCCACCUGACAGAUGUGGCAUAUCAAGAAGCUGAUUAAAAAGCAUGAUCAUUACACAGGUGCACCUUGUGCUGAGGACAAUAAAAGGCCACUCUAAAAAUGGGCGGCAGGUAGCUUAGUGGUUAAGAGUGUUGUGCCAGUAACCGAAAGGUCGCUGGUUCUAAUCCCCGAGCCGACUAGGUGAAAAAUCUGUCUAUGUGCCCUUGAGCAAGGCACUUAGCCCUAAUUGCUCCUGUAAGUUGCUCUGGAUAAGAGCGUCUGCUAAAUGACUAAUAAUAAUAAUAAUAAUGAAAAAAAAGUUUUUUCACACAACACAAUGCCACAGGUGUCAAGUUUUGAUGGAGCAUGCAGUUGGCAUGCUGACUACAGGAAUGUCCACCAGAGUUGUUGCCAGAGAAUUUAAUGUUAAUUUCUCUACCAUAAGCCGCUUUCAACAUCGUUUUAGAGAAUUUGGCAGUACGUCCAACCGGCCUUACAACCGCAGACUACGUGUAACCACGCCAACCCAGCACCUCCACAUCCGGCAUCUUCACAUGCGUGAUCGUCUGAGACCAGCCACUGAAACUAAGGAGUAUUUCUGUCUGUAAUAAAGCCCUUUUGUGGAGAAAAACUAAUUACAUUUACAUUUUAGUCAUUUAGCAGACGCUCUUAUCCAGAGCGACUUACAGUUAGUGAAUACAUAUUUUUUUUAUACUGGCCCCCCGUGGGAAUCGAACCCACAACCUUGGCGUUGCAAACGCCAUGCUCUAUCAACUGAGCUACAUCCCUGCCGGCCAUUCCCUCCCCUACCCUGGACGACGCUGGGCCAAUUGUGCGCCGCCGAUGAGUCUCCCGGUUGCGGCCGGCUGCGACAGAGCCUGGAUUCGAACCAGGAUCUCUAGUGGCACAGUUAGCACUGCGAUGCAGUGCCUUAUACCACUGCGCCACUCAGGAGUAUGAUUCAGGAUGAUAAUUCUGAUUGUCUGGGUCUGGCACCCCUGCCCAGUCAUGUGAAAUCCAUAGAUUAGGGCCUAAUAAAUGUAUUUCAAUUGAUUGAUAUCCUAAUUUGAACUGUAACUCAGUAAAAUCGUUGAAAUUGUUGCAUGUUACGUUUUUAUAUUUUUGUUCAGUAUAUAUUGGCACCCUUGCAAUGGAGCAGGAUGUUCCGUACAACCAUUGAUUUACAAUAGCAGCACACGGCAGAGCUCUGUGUUCCCUAGUACCCCCCAUGGGAGUGCACACAAUGCCAUAAAAGUCCCCGAAGAUGAGAAAUUGGGGCCACAAUUCUAUCACGUUCUGUAUGCGUGUGUGUGUGUGUGUGUGUGUGUGUGUGUGUGUGUGUGUGUGUGUGUGUGUGUGUGUGUGUGUGUGUGUGUGUGUGUGUGUGCGUGUGUGCGUGUGCGUGUCCGUGUCCGUGUCCGUGUCCGUGCUUGUGUCUGUGUGUGUGCGUAGUGUAAGUAAUAUAGUCCUUCUGAAAGUCACUUUGUCAUACGCACAUCACAUUAUACUGGUGCUGGUAGAGAAGCUCAAAUAUUUUGUUUCAACCCUGGCACCAUUGGCCCAGAACAUGGCCAUAUCAAGUACAGUACACUGUAGAGUGAACAGACAUUAGAAGACAUUUACAUUCUAACAUGCUUAGAAAAGUAUGUCAACCCAACUGAAAUGUGCACAGAACGUACACUAUAAGGGAUAUUUACAGAAUGUAAUCUGUUGUGUUUCCAGGAAGAUGGUGCUCAGAGAAUGUUAAUGACUGCUGGUCAAGGCCUUGUCUGAAUGGAGGUUCCUGUAUGGAUCUGCUAAAUGGAUACAUCUGCCACUGUCCUUUUGGUGAGUACUCUACUGACGAGCAUAGCACCACUGUCGUUUUGGGGAGUACUCUACUGACUAGCAUAGCACCACUGUCGUUUUGGUGAGUACUCUACUGACUAGCAUAGCACCACUGUCGUUUUGGUGAGUACUCUACUAACCAGCAUAGCACCAUAGAAAUCACUGUUGUUUUGGUGAGUACUCUACUAACCAGCAUAGCACACAUAGAAAUCACUGUCGUUUUGGUGAGUACUCUACUAACCAGCAUAGCACCAUAGAAAUCACUGUCGUUUUGGUGAGUACUCUACUAACCAGCAUAGCACCAUAGAAAUCACUGUCGUUUUGGUGAGUACUCUACUAACCAGCAUAGCACCAUAGAAAUCAUGCAGCAUGCCAUAUACUGUACAGUGCCUUCAGAAAGUAUUUAUUCCACAUUUUGUUGUGUUACAGCCUGAAUUCAAAAUUGAUUAAAUAUAUUUUUUUUCUCUCACCCAUCUACACACAAUACCCCAUAAUGAUAAAGUGACAAUGAAAUGUUAGCAAGUCUAUUGAAAAUGAAAUACAGAAAUAUCUAAUUUACAUAAGUAUUCACACCCCUGAGUCAAUACAUGUUGCGAUCACCUUUGGCAGAGAUUUCAGCUGUGAACCUUUCUGGGUAAGUCUCUUAAGAGCUUAGCACACCUGGAUUGUACAAUAUUUGCCCAUUAUUCUUUUUGAAAUUCUUCAAGCUCUGUCAAGUUGGUGGUUGAUCAUUGCUAGACAACCAUUUUCAGGUCUUGCCAUAGAUUUUGAAGCAGAUUUAAGUCAAAACUGUAACUUGGUCGCUCAGGAACAUUCACUGUCUCCUUGGUAAGCAACUCCAGUGUAGAUUUGGCCUUAUGUUUUAGGUUAUUGUCCUGCUGAAAGAGGAAUUUAUCUCCCAGUGUCUGGUGGAAAACAGACUGAAACAUGUUUUCCUCUAGGACUUUGCCUGUGCUUAGCUCCAUUCCGUUUCUAUUUUUAUCCUGAAAAACUCCCCAGUCCUUAACGAUUACAAGCAUACCCAUAACAUGAUGCAGCCACCACUAUGCUUGAAAAUAUGGAGAGUUAUACUCAGUAAUGUGUUUUAUUGGAUUUGCCCCAAACAUAACACUUUGUAUUCAGGACAAAAAGUUAAUUGCUUUUCCAAAUGUGUUGCAUUAUUACUUUAGAACCUUAUUGCAAACAUAAUGCAUGUUUUGGAAUAUUUGUAUUCUGUACAGGCUACCUUCUUUUCACUCUGUCAAUUAGGUUAGUAAUGUGGAGUAACUACAAUGUUCUUGAUCCAUUCUCAGUGUUCUCCUUUCACAACCAUUAAACUCUGUAACUGUUUUAAAUUCACCAUUGGCCUCAUGGUGAAAUCCCUGAGAUGUUUCCUUCCUCUCCGGCAACUGAGUUAGGAAGGAGACCUGUAUCUUUGUAGUGACUGGGUGUAUUGAUACACCAUCCAAAGUGUAAUUAUUAACUUCACCAUGCUCAAAGGGAUAUUCAAUGUCUGCUUCUUUUAUUUUUACCCAUCUACCAUUAGGUGCCCUUCUUUGCGAGUCAUUGGAAAAAUCUCCCUGGUCUUUGUGGUUGAAUCUGUGUUUGAAAUGCACUGAGGGACCUUACAGAUAAUUGUAUGUGUGGGGCACAGAGAUGAGGUAGUCAUUCAAAAAGCAUGUUAAACACUAUUAUUGCACACAGAGGGAGUCCAUGCAACUUAUUAUGUGACUUGUUAAGCUUCUCCCCUAUUUGACCUAGAUAGUUUGUGUAUGUAUUGAUAUGUAGGCUAUGUGUGCCGUUUUAAAUGUAUGUAGUUCUGUCCUUGAGCUGUUCUUGUCUAUUAAUGUUCUGUAUUAUGUCAUGUUUCAUGUUUUGUGUGGACCCCAGGAAGACUAGCUGCUGCUUUUGCAACAGCUAAUGGGGAUCCUAAUAAAAUACCCAAAAUGAAUAAAAAAAACAACAAACAUAAUUCCACUUUGACAUUAUGGGGUAUUGUGUGUAGGACAAUUACACAUUUCAGUCUGUAACACAACGAAAUGUGGAAAAAAAGUCAAGGGAUGUGAAUACAUUCUGAAGGCACAGUAGCUAUGUGUUACAAUGAAACAUUUGGCCAUUAAAUGCAUACAGAUCCUAUCAUUGAAUAUAAUCUAUCCUAUAAUUGAAUUCAUUAUAGGGUCUUUAUGAUGACAUGAAUGUUGAAAAUAGUUGGUAUGUGUAGUGGUAUAUAAAUCAUGCUGUGUUUACAGUUACAGUCUGAUAUAUUGGCAUCCUUGCACUUUACAAUGGCGUGAAUAUACAAUAGAGUGGUCACUUUCUGUUUAAAUAAAGGUUACAAUAAAUAUUUAACAAUAACACAAUACAAUUUUCCAAAUGUACAUUCUUGACCCUAGUAUGAUAUAAUCACCAGUAUACUACAUGCAAUGCACCUGGAAAAAUAGCCAUUUGGUAUUUUAUUAGGAUCCCCAUUAGCUGUUGCAAAAGCAGCAGCUACUCUUCCUGGGGUCCACACAAAACAUGAAACAUGACAUAAUACAGAACAUGAAUAGACAAGAACAGCUCAAGGACAUAACUACAUACAUAAUUCGAUUUAGCCCCAUAUGCAGUAUCCCCAGCCCCAAAAACAUAUAUCACUAAUCUCCUAAUGUUAUCACGUGACAAUAAAACACGGUAGUAAAAUACAUCAUUGUAAAUUUUCGGUUGAAAAUGUACGAAACAAACUUCUCCGUCAUUUACUUGAAGUUGAAGUGGAGAGGAAACAGACCCCCCAGUGUGUCAUCAAACAUCCAUUAUUGCUCAGAUUUCUACGGCAGAUUCGGAGACUAAGGUGUGUUUAAUCUGGUUUGCGUUUUCCGGGAAUUGAAUUAGAUAAGUGGCUUGCGAUGUUUACUUUAUAGAUAGAAUAAAUGUAACAGAAAAAGGGUCUCUGCAAGGUUAACCCCAUUUUCACAACCAUGCUUCAGAUGUCCAUCAUCUUUAGCAUCUCUAUUGGGCUAGCUCCAAAUGUUAAAAAAAUUGAUAUAGUUAUAUUUUUGUGGGAUUUCCGGGAACAAGGACAAAUUGAUGUUUUGGUUUUGUUCUUCUUUCUUAACAGGGACAAUGUAG